AUGGCUUCCAACUCCAGCUUCCAGCUAUACCCUCUCAACAGAGAUCCCAUCUUCGACUUGGGCCUUCUGCGCGUCCUGUCGCUUAGCGUCUACGAUGGCGGUGACAUCAACGAUGUGCUCAUGGCCGCUAGCAGCAUCAUCCCAGGGGACUUUAACAGCUAUGCUGGCACCUUUACCCGCCUAGCCAGCCGCGUCUUUGAGCGUGCAAAGACGGUGGUGGAAAGUGGCUUCCCCUUUUCCGCCCGAACAGCCUUCUUCAGCGCCGCGACUUACUUCCGCUCUGCUGAAUUCCUGCUCCACGGCAAUCCGGCCGAUCCUCGUCUUGCACAGCUCUGGGACAAGCAGAUAGAGGCGUUUGAUCAUGGGCUCGCUCUGCUUAAGCCCCCAGGGCAGCGAGUUACAAUCAACACACCCGACUUCGACAUCCCUGCCAUCUGGAUUACGCCCAGCGGAGAGACGAAGAAGCGGCCAACCAUAAUCACUGGAUUUGGCUACGAUAAUACCCAAGAGGAGCUCUACCACCUCAUCGGACUCGCCGCCCUUGAGCGCGGCUAUAAUGUUCUCAGUUACGAAGGCCCCGGCCAGCCCGCCGUGCUCAGGAAACAGCGUCUUGGCCUUAUUCACGACUGGGAGCGUGUUGUUACGCCCGUCAUGGACUAUGCUCUUAGCCAAAAGAACAUGGUUGACCCUUCGUCAGUAGGUCUCGUAGGCUUCUCUCUAGGCGGUUACCUGGCAUCCCGAGCUGCUGCCUUUGACCACCGAUUCGCGGCCGUCAUGGUCCUCGAUGGGGUCUGGGACUUUGGGUCCAUCAUCAAGAACACUUUCGGACCUGACUUGAUGAAGGUGUACGCAGCCGGCGAUAAAGCGAAGUUCGACUCGCUUGCCGCCGCGAGGUUUCUCCAACCGCAAUCUCCGACCUUCCUCCGUUGGGGUCUCGAACAGGGCCUGUGGGCGUUCAACACACGAUCGCCCUUUGACUUUGUCACGCUCAGUGCAAACUUUACCCUCGAGCGUGUUGCCCAUAUGAUCUCAACGCCGGUCUUUGUUGGCGAAGCCGAACAGGACCCGUUUUAUGCCGGCGAGGCCCGCCGCCUGGCCAGUCGCCUCGGCAGAUGGGGUCACUUGCACGAGUUCAAGGCAGAGGAUGCCAUUGGCACUCACUCGGCCAUUGGCGCGCUCAAGCAGCAAAACCAAGUCGUCCUGGAUUGGUUUCAGCGUACGCUAAGCAAGAAGCGCAAGGGAACGAGGCGGGGCUCGUAG